GUGCCGCAGUAGCUGGGCCAAGAACUGAGCGGCCACAGCCGGUGUAGUGUGAAAAACUGCUCCGGGUCCCUCUUUGCGACUUAGGGUGUAGGGAGCAUGCUCAGUAACUGCUGCUGAAGCCACUGCCCUUCACCCUGCCCUGACUUGGCAUCAGAUUCCCCGGACUGCUUUUUAUAGGGGCUAAAAGGGGGCAGAUCAGAGGGGGAUGGUCUGAGUCUGAGCAGUGGGUGGAAAUUCACUAGUCAGGGGGUUCGAGCAGCUGGAGGCAGGUUUAGGAUAGGGGCUGAAAGGCAAAAUCAGGGACAGGAAUAUGAGCUGGGGUUAAACCCAGGGGUGAGGCACUGCCAGAAGGCAAAACUGGGGCAGAGGGGGUGACGGUUACCCCGGUGGACUGAGACACCAGUGUUUGCAAAAAUGGGAGGGGCAGAGGGGCUUUUUCAUUUCGCCUUCCACAGGACAGUGCCUCUUAGAAUGGGCUUCCCAGGGCUGGGUUCUUAAUGGCAUGGGCAUUCCAAGGCCUCGUCACCACAGCUCCUCUCUGUCUGAUGUAACCUGCUGAGGUGCUGAGGGAGACUUGAUUUUGUGAAAUAUUUUACAUAUACCCCCUCAGAAACAAAGAAUCCCUUAUCAGUUUAUGAGACUGCAUAAAGUCUCAUAGCAGUUCACAAAUUUGUCUUAUUUGCUGCUGGAAUUCCCUGAAUUACUCUGAGCGCUUCAUCAUUUACCUUUGUUGUUGUGAUAUUUAAUUUAUAUUUUAAUAACAAAUACUUACUGAAAAUAUGUUUAAGUAAGUACUUGCUAGUAGUUUUAGCAAUGACAUCUGUGUUUCUAGUAUUGCAUUUGCUAUGUUUUAUUAGCACAGUAAGUGAAGCUGCAAAAUAAAUGUUUAAAUGACCUCACUUUUUUAAGAGGUAAUUGAUACUUAUGUACACCAGGCAGGGUCGUUUGAAAGCUGAAGACUUAUGCUUCUAUCCAACAACACUGUCAAGUUUUAGCAAAUUAGGACAAGUCAGCAAAUAAGAACAACUUUACGUAUCACUAACUGUUAGUAGUUUCAAUUUGCUACCCCUGUUCCAAUAACAGAUUAGGUCAGAUAGCAGCAGUUUAAUAUCAGUAACUGCUACUAGUAGCAAAUUACAUCAGAUAGCAGUUUUUCACACUACACUCAUUUGCAGCGUGUCAGGCCUAGAGAGCUGCACGUAGCCCAUCUCCUUGAGGGGUUGGGUAGCACCUGGGAGCCCUGUUCCUGGACCAGGAUCCCAGCCUGACAGGGCUGUACAAAGGCAGAGCAAAUAGGCUGCCCUGCCUCCAAGAGUUGACAGUCUUGGGACUUUCCCCUAUUUUUACGUUUAAUUCUAAGUUAAAGUCUGAGACCUUGAUUGUGCUUAGUUAAUAUUGCUGAGUAGCUGGCUGUGCUAUGGAAGCCCUACUUGAAUUUCUCAGGUUCUGCCCUUUGGCUAAUUGUGUUUGACUUCCAUGUCCAUGCAGAUGAUUCCUCUGGAUUCACUCAGGAAUUUGUAGCUAGCAUGACAAUCAUGGGAACGUCUGAUCUACUCAUGUCACUGGCCGCAUCUGGGCUGGAGUUGAGAGUUAUAGCUUUGGAUAUAAAAAAGGUGUCCUUAACUUGGGUUAGCAGCUUGAGUUCAACCCAAGGCUCUCCUAUAGGCUUUAACCUAAGCUACAGAGGAGUUGAAAUUAGAGUUGCUGUGUCUUCUAUGCUCUUUUAAUCCAAGUUAAGAAUACACUUUUGUGGGGGGGUGGGGAGUAGGGUAGAUAUACUCUUUAUCCAAGACUAUUGAUUUAGGGCUGUAUCUAUCCCAGUGGAGCAAAGGACCUGUUUCAGUGGUCCAGCCUUGUAGAGUAUCUAUCAGGGUCCAUCACAGAUUGCUUUCUGGAAGUGUACUCUCUCUAAAAGACAACUUUAGCUAUGAAUUGGUUGGAUUUUGUAAUCUAUGAAUCUAUUUUUCAUGGCCAUUGAUACAGUGGCCCCCAAAAGCCAUCUCCCAGUUGUGCCCUGGCAUGGUUACUGUGGCUUACAGAUUACUUGGUAGGUGAAGCAAAGAGAUGUGGGAAGUGUCUUGCUGAUCCUAACUGAGGAAAUGAAUUUUGAAAUCUUAUGAUGUGGAAGUGAAAGUGACAAAGAUUUGGGACUAGGCUACUUGAGGGACUGCUGUUUUCCCUGUGUAAUUUCUGCUACAAUUGAGGUCAGAGGAGGUGCUUGAGCUCUCUCAAGUUUGAGAGUAAAUUACCAGUUGGGGUUCCCCAUUAAGUCCCUCUACUUUGGAAUUUGUUUUCUUCCUCAGUCUGCCCCAGUCUGGACCUGUUAACAUUCCAAGCUCCAAGGUUUGCUUUCUUCCUGAAGUGCUUAUUGGGGAAGGACAAAGUUGAGGCUCUUUUGGAUGACUGUUGUUAGGAGAGGACCAGUUUUCUUUUAGCCAGGAGGGUCAGCCUGUAUAUGGAAUUUGAAUUAAAUUGUGCUGCAGUUUGUUAGAGUGUCUGUAGCCUUGUCGGAUGGCCAGCUUUUGAAAGAAAUUAAAAAUAUUUGAUUUAUAUUGUAGAAUAAAUGGAACUAUUACAAAACUUAUAUUUUAAUAUGUGCUGAAUGCCCCUCCCACUACAUAUAUUCACCAAUUUACCUUACAGUCCAACUUUUAACACAUUUUCAGAUUACCGUUAAUUUUAUUGAGCAGAAUCACAUGACUCUGUACUGUCCCUGUACAUAUUAAUAGCACAGUGCAAGAAAGGAAGAAGUGUGCCAGAACAAUGCUUUACGCAUUUAAAUAAUGUUAAAAAGGCUACAAUGUUUAGUAACACAAAGGAGCAUAACUCCUCAUACUGAAGAUUUAAAAACAAAGCUUGAUGAAACAGUAGAUCACUUUAAACACUGAAUCAAUUACAAAUGUUUGUGUCCAGAAUGAAGUUUUAAAAACAUAAAUUGCAAAAAAUGGAAAGUAAGAAUAUAAAUCUGCCAUUCAGUCAAUUAAAAGGGAUAAAUGAUGCACCAAGGUAUAAACUUAAUACCUGUUGUGAACUUGAGAUGCCCACUCUUAUUUUGAGGAGGAGAGGAAAGGACAUUAAUUAUCAAACAUCUUCUCUUCUCAUUCAUUUUAUAUAGACAAUCAGCUUUCUCAUUAAUUUUAACAUAUUCUGCUACUUACUCUAAUAUUCUGUAGUUAUGAAAGUUAGUGUGAUGUUAUAUUCACCAUGUGCUAUUAUAAGCGUGUGUAUGUAUAUAUAUUUACAUACAAACACCUAUAUUAAGAUUGCAGAGUCAGAAGUUUAAAAAUGUUGGAAUUAAGGUUGCCCAUACAAUCUUAAUUUGGCCCCCUUGUGUAUAUGCAUUCUAAUAGUCUUUAGUCACAUUAUCACAAUUUUUUCUGCAGGACCCCUGCCUCAUUCAGUGCCAUGGGGUCCUGCAGAAAAAAUUGUGAUGAUGUAACUAAAGGCUAUUCAAUAUAUCUUUUAUACUCAUUCAGUGUGCAGUCCCAUUCAAUAUUUCUGCAUGCCAUUCAUGCGCUUUUCUGGGGUGCUUAUCACAAUAGUACCUGAGUGCUUCACAAACGUUAAUGAACUUAUCUUCACAAAACCGAAUACUCAUACUUCACUAGACUGAAAUAAGACAAACCCCACUGUUUGUUCAAAGCUUUACACAAAUAAUGAUUAAAUAUAUAUGUGUACACACUUAUUUCUCCCUUUAUAGAGCCUCAGAGGAUGUGCAAAUUUCUUAAAACAACCCAGUAAACUCUGUACUCGGCCAAACAUGAAUACAAUUGAACUUUAGCACCUUGCUCUGGGCUGUUUUCAUGCCACCACUUCAUGGAAUGACCUCCCUAUUUUUUGCCAAGUUACUACAUUCUCCUUAACCACAUCCCUCUUAAAAAUUCAAUUUUUUCAUCAUUUCCAGAAAACAUUAUAAUAUAUAAAUAUAGUAAUAUAUUGUAAGCUAGGGAGGUGGCAUUAUCCCUAUUGUAGGACAGGUGAUGAAUUAAGACAUAGAGAAGUUGCAGCCAAAAUUGUCAGGUGUUCACUAAAAUCAGGAGACUUGAUUUCUUAGAGUAGUUAGCAUUGCAGCUCUAAUUGACUUUGUGAGUGCUCAGCUCUUCUGCAAAUCUGACUCCAUGAGUCUCAAGUUGGGAACUUUGAAAUAAGGGACACAAUUUGCAGCCACCUGUGAAUGUGUUGGUUUAAGUGACUUGUCAGCGUUACAUAAGAACUCCAUGGCAGAAGCUGAAAUAUAGUUCAGUUCUCCAAGAUGAUAUUCAACUGCUUAAACCUCAAAACCCUCCUUUCUCUUCCUUACAGUCCUUCCUCAUUCACUACACACUUCCUAACUUCUGCAGCAAAUGAGAUGGGUCCUGCAGACGACAGCUUCAUUCACUGCACAAUCCUGAUUCAUUCCCUGAACACAAUUUAGUGUGGGGUGAAUGAGUUAGGGGUCUUGUGGGAAAAAUAGCAUGUGAUCAUGUAAUUACAGACAAGAUGCACAAGGGGAUACGUUACAGUUGCAUGGAAAACCUUAACUCUAGCAUGUCCUCCCUUUUGAGUGCUUGACUUUGGAACAUUAACUUUCUUUUAAAAUAGAUUUUUGCGUAUUAUUCCUAUUUCAAAACAAAACAGAAAAACCAGAACCAUAUUGACCUAGCUUGUAUCAAUAGUAGGGUUGGAACUUUUAGAUACAUAGCACAGGUCUCUACCAUUUGAGCUAAUGAAGUAACUGGUGGCAGUAGCAGGCUUUUCUCCUGUGUGGAUCAUCCACUAGAGGGAGAUGACACUUGCCAGUGGAUUUCACAGCUGUUUGCUAGGCAGCAGUGGAGUAUUUAGACUCAGGAAUCCUGGAUUCUGUUCCAGAUUCUGGAAGUGAGUGUGCUUUUGCUGUUACAGAUUCUUCUUUCCCUGCCUGUCCUAUGCUGCUCCUGUGAAGCCUGUCUCUGUGCCUCCCCUUCUCCCCCUGAAUUCCAGUAAGACAUCAUCCUUUUCCUCCUGGGUGCUAGCAGGGGGACCAUUGAGAGUAUAGAUGAGAGAGUCUACUUGCUCUGAGUUCCACUGUCCAACAUCUGGGUGCUGAGAGCAACAAUGGCUGGACAAGUCCUGCUCAGCCCCUGGAUCCCUGGACUGGAACAGGCUCAGUCACUCUGGGGAUGUUGCCUGCUCAGUCUGGUUGCCCCAAAGGAGCUAUGCGGGGUGGAGAGUGCUCACUAGAGAUAGAAUCUUACUUGAUAAUUUACCUGCUAAAUGCUAAUACAUCUCUACUGAGCAUGUGCAAACUCUGAUUUUUCAGAGACACAUGAAGUGGCCAAAUUUGGGUGAACUGUCCUAGGGGCAGAGUUAGCAAGUCUGCUAAAUUACAUGAAAGCAAAACUAUAAAGACUGUAAUUGUACUGUGAAAUACUGUACGUAUUGCUAUAUCCUGCAUUCAGAAAUGGAAUGACAUCACAUGCUGGAGUCCGUUAUUGUGCUAAUAAAAUUAGUAACCUUCAAUUUUUGUAUUGAGUUCUAACUCACAGGUAUUCUUAUAAUUAUGACUUUGUAUCAUUGGUAAUCAGUUAGUUUCUUCCUCAGUCCUCUUAUUUGCUGGUGAUUAUGUAUGUAGGCAUAUAUAGUAGGUAAUGAGUUCUUAUAUUUUUGUAUUCAUGUAAUGGUAAGGUAUUGACAAGUAAAGUAACUGUUAACCCAAAAAAUUUUCCUGUAUGAGCUAGUCAGAUUUGCAUUUCCAACACACAAACUUUAAUGUGGAAUUUCUGCACAGAUUAAAGCCAUUCCAAACAACUUGGUCUACUCUCCCUUCUGUGCCAUCAUCUUUGGAGCAAGAACAAAACUCCUCUAACCAGUAUGUGUCUCAUUGCUCUGCACCAACACUGUGCAUGGGUUUCAAGGGACCGGGGAAUUUUCCUGUAAAUUACUCAAGCAAAGAUACGCCAAAGCAGUAUCGUUUUCUUCUAAACAAGGACUUGUUGUGGGUUCAGUUCUCAGGAUUCCACACUGAUUUACACCAUCAUAAGGACAAUUCUUUGGUAUCCAUUUCAGAUGAACCGGACACAUUAUACAGGAAAUUAUCGGUUUUAGUUAAAGGCCAUGAUAAAACUGUGUUGGACAGUUACGAAUAUUUUGCAGUGCUUGCUGCUAAAGAACUUGGCAUCUCCAUUGAAAAAGUACAUGAACCUCCCAGGAAGAUAGAACGAUUCACCCUUCUGAAGUCAAUACACAUUUUCAAGAAGCACAGAGUUCAGUAUGAAAUGAGGACACAUUAUAGAUGCUUGGAGUUAAAACAUUUAACUGGCAGUACAGCUGAUGUCUAUUUGGAAUACAUCCAAAGAAAUUUACCUGAAGGGGUUGCCAUGGAAAUAAAAAAGACCAAAUUAGAGAAACUACCAGAACAUAUUCAGAAGCCAGUUUGGGACAAGUUACCUUCAGUAGAAGAAACUGCAAGCACGUCAUGAAUUCUUCAUGUACUAAAGCUCUUCCACAUCUGUUAGCAAUGGAAGCUCAUCCUGUGCCUGUUAACAUUUUAAACACAGCAUCUUCUCACAGGAGUUACCCUCUAUCCAACCUCAAACCCUGUCUUAAUUUUACAAACAAUACUUAGAAAUUAUGUUGAGACGGGUCAUUUGCUACGCUAAUUAUCAGUGUGUGGAUCCCAGCUCCAGGCAAUUAGCAGAAAGACUGGACUGCUGUGAAAAUGUUUUGUCUCUGUUUUUCUUUUUUCAAAGUCCUAUGUGGCCAAAACUUGAUAAAUUUACAUGAACAGAU